AAAGUUUUAUAAAAUAAAAUGUGAUAAAAAUAUUUUAUUUUAUCAAAUAAUUAAUAAAAAGAUACGAAUAAAUAAAAAUUAUCUUCAAAUAGUAAACAUGACAUUUAUUUUAAGAAGGAAGUAAUAAAAAAUUGGAACAAAAAAGCCCUUUUUUGGUAAAAUUUUGGAAUUGAUGGGGUAACGUGCAAAGCCGGAAAUAAUCAAAGGGCAUAAUAUGCAAUUUUAAAAAAUCAAUACUCGAACAGAGCAAUUUUCUACUUUCUAAAUUUGAUAUCGCCGGAAAUGGCCGCCUCGUCGCGCGCUUUCCUUUCCAUAUCCAGCCGCCGUUCAGCCACCAAAUCCUCCUCCUCCAGAAUACUCUCUCUCGCUUCCGCAGAGCCGUCGGAACUCCAGAUCGACGACAAUGCGGUCACCGCCGUCUGCAACUCCCUCCGCCGACGCCACACCUGGGAAACCCUAGCCAAGGAACUCAAUUCCAUCAAUCUCACGAACUCACUUGUCAGGAGAGUCCUCCUCAACCUCAAAGACACUUCCAAUGCAACGAAAGCUCUGAAUUUCUUCCACUGGUCAGGAAAAUCCGCCAGAUUCAACCAUGGCGUUCUGACCUAUUGCAUCACCAUUCACAUUCUCGCCAAGGCCAGGCUCGUAAAGGACGCCAAGGCAUUGCUCGAGUCGGUUUUGACCAAACCGGGUAAUUCUGAUGUUUUUACAGUUCUGGAUUCACUGCUCGAAAGUUACGAAACCAUUGAUUCUGUGCCAUUUGUGUUUGAUCUGUUCGUCCAAGUUUGUUCUAAGCUGAGACUUUUAGUUUUAGAUAGAGCUUUUGAUGUUUGUAAGAGCUUAGAUGAAAAUGGAUUUCUGCUUAGCGUUGUUAGCUAUAAUACUCUGCUUCACGUGCUGCAAAAAUCCGAGAACCAUAGAUUGGUUUGGGAUGUAUAUGGUCAUAUGAUUGCGAAAAGAGUAAACCCUAAUCAAACCACUGUCGAAACCAUGGUUAGUGCUCUCUGUAAAGAAGGGAGGCUGCAAUGGUUCGUGGAUCUCGUGGGUAGGAUUCACGGGAAGAGAUGUGGUCCCGGGGUGGUUGUGAACACUCGUUUGAUCCAUGGGAUGAUAGAAGAUGGGAGAACCGAAGAAGGGUUAGUUCUGUUGAAGAGAAUGCUGCAGAAGAAUAUGAUUGUUGAUACGGUUUCGUAUUCUUUGGUUGUUUUUGCAAAGGUGAAGACCGGUGAUUUGGAUUCCGCGUGGAACACGUACCACGAAAUGCUCAAGAGAGGUUUCCAAGGGAAUGCUUUUGUGUACCACAUUUUCAUCUCAUCACAUUGUGACAAUGGGGGAGUGGAUGAUGCCAUUGUGCUGGCGCGCGAAAUGGAAAAAGUCAACAUGAAACCGCUCCUCGAGACAUUCGAUAGUCUCCUAAAGGGGUGUUCGAACUCGGGAAGGGUAAACGAAAGCUUGGGUUUUUGCAAGAAAAUGGUGCAGAUAGGGUAUGUUCCUAGCCCUUGGGCUUUCAACGUAAUGACAGAAAAGCUCUGCGAAAAUGGCAUGGCGAAGGAGGCCGACCAGAUGUUGACUGUCCUGUUAGACAAAGGGUUUGUUCCGGACAAAAACGCUUACUACCAUCUUCUUGCUGGUCAUGCCAAGGAAGGUGACAUUGAUGGGGCACUCAAGCUUUAUUAUGAGAUGGAGUACAGGUCAAUCUCCCCUAACUCUUCUUGUUUUACUUGGCUGAUAAUUGGCCUUUGUAAAGUUGGGAGACUGAGUGAAGCAGAGAAAUUGUUGUGUUUAAUGAAAGCAAGAAGUUUAUCUCCAAGUUCUGAUCUCUGCAAAUUGUUGAUUUCUUGCCAAUUAGAGAAGGGGGAUCAAAGUAGAGCUGAUCAGCUGUAUAGAGAGAUGAUAUGAUGGUGAAUAAAUAAGGUUUUGAAUG